UCUCUCUCUCUCUCUCUCUUUUCUUCUUCCGAAUUAAAUCCCUUUACCCUUUUGCAUAAAUACCAGCAUAAUGUGAACAAAAAUGAAAAUGAAAGAUAAAAAAAAAAAGAUAGGCAGGAGGACUGAAUGCAGAUUGCACAAAUGGCAUUUGGGUCAGUCCCUCAUGUAAUCGCCAAAAACCCUUAAUUGCCAAAAAUAGAAGAUCAAGAGAAAGAAGAAAAAAAAAGAAAAAAGAAAAAGCAUCCUAUCUCUCUCUUUCUAUAUAUAUAUAUAUAUAUAUCUGUAAAUCUCUCUUUCCAACCACCAGUAGACGUAGAGAGGUUGGUUUCUCUUUUAGAGGUAGCCAUUUCUUGGAUGCCCAGCGUCUCAUCGAUUCGUCCGCUUGUUUGGAUCUGCAAACUAAGCAGAGAAAGAUCAUCGUUCGUUGGGUACUUUGUUUCACAGAAACCCAAAGCAAAGUUAGCAAAGUGGGUUUGGGUUUUUCGGUUGAAACGGGAAACCAACCAACCCCCCACACCCCAAUAAUGAUGAUGAUGAUGAUGGAGCAAACAGCUGUAGCAAGCCAACAAGGGGCAGUUCAUGUUAAACAUGACAAACCCGAGGCGUCUACCACCACCACCACCACCACCACCUGUACUACUGUUGGACUAGUCGACGGGGACAAGACCCGUCGCCUUUCGGAUAGGACUGGGUCGACACGGGACCUUGUUGCUGCCGUCACCAGCUUCGGUGUCCACAGGAAGAAACGGAUGGCUAGGCAGAGGAGAUCCUCCUCCUCCCUCCUCAACCACCUUCAUCUCUCUUUUGCUGCUGCUGCCACUACCUCCUCCUCCCCUUCCCUCCCGCAUGUGCCAUUCCCUUCCUCCUCCUCUUUACCCCUCUCUUCUGCGCGUGUGAUUGAUCCAAGGAGGUUGAGAUUCCUUUUCCAGAAGGAGCUGAGAAACAGUGAUGUUAGCUCUCUCAGAAGAAUGAUACUUCCGAAGAAAGCAGCAGAGGCUCACCUUCCUGUCCUCGAGUCCAAGGAAGGAAUCUUUAUCAGUAUGGAUGACAUGGAUGGUCUGCAUGUAUGGAGCUUCAAGUACAGAUUUUGGCCUAAUAACAACAGCAGAAUGUAUGUGCUCGAAAACACCGGGGAAUUCGUAAGUACACAUGGCUUACGACUUGGAGACUUUAUCAUGGUAUAUCAAGAUAAUCAAAAUCAUAACUACGUGAUUGAGGCCAAGAAAGCUACCGAUGAAGAAGAUUUAUAUGGAGACAUAAGCAAAAGUAGUAGUGAAAUAGUGGUGAAAGAGGAGCUUCUUCUUCAUGAUUAUGAGGCUGCUGCUAACAAUUACUGCAGAUCAUCAUCUGCCUCUUCAUUUUACAUGCACUAUGAUCCGGUGGUGGUGGACGUUGAAAGUGGUACAGGCAACAGCAACAAUAAUAUGUCAUUCGUCUACGACACAACCACCAACUUCCCAAAUGACUCAUUGCUUGAUUUUUUGGGUGGAUCGGAUGCCAUGUCUACCAACUAUUCAAGAAACUGGGGUUUGGAAAGCUUUGGAUCCGUAGAAAACUUCUGUCUUGAUGACUACUAUUGAUGAUUGAUAUCAAAGGCUUUCUUCUUGAUGGUAAUCUUAAUCUUCAUAAUUAAUCCAGUAAUUAAUAUAUCCAGUGUGACUUUGUGUUUUGCACUUUUGGGGGGCCUAAUAUGGCUACUGAUGAUAUGUAUAUUGGUGUCUUGAAGAUCAGCAAUAUAUGAUGAUGUAAUAAAAAGAACUGCAUGCAAGGUGUGGAACUUGUUAUCAUCACCUAAUUUUCAACUC